UUUUCUCGCGUCUUGACUGCUUACAAACCACGGAGCAAUGGAAAAACAGGCACGGAAGCACGCAGACGUUUCGCCUGCUGGAGGAGGAGGAGUAGGCAACAAUCCUUCGCCGUCGAGCAGCAGCAGCAGCAAAACUCGUAAAAACAACCCACUGAAGAAGAAAGAAAAGGACGCGGAAGUAAUGGGCAGACCGCCACGAAACGAGCUACUAAACGCUGAUCACGAGGUAUUCAUGCAGGCUUUCGAAAAACCGACGCAAAUUUAUCGAUUUCUACGAACGAGGAAUAUCCUGAAGCCUAUCUUUUUGCAACGCAAUCUGACAUACAUGCGUGAUCGCAUGUCCCGAUCUCACAAAUCCCGCCAGUCUUUCAAAAUCGACUCGAUGCUUGCACAAAAAAUGACCAAACUACGUUUGGAAAAAUCGAACGAGAUGAUGUUUGCCGACGGUUACUUGACGUUGCGUUUUCUCGGCUUUUUCGAUGCACGGAACCAAACGAUGCGAAAUGGUGCCGAUAGCAACGGGAUCGUGUUGCCAUUGAAAAGCACGUUUGCCGAGGAAACGCACGAUGACGGCGAGAACGUUUCGGACUACGGUCGCAAAUGUGUACAGGUUGAGACAAAUCUACUCAAGAUAGCACAUACCAAACGUAAAGAUAUGUCCGCCACCCAGAUGCAGCUGUCCGUUGGGAAGUCGCAGGUGCUGGUAAACCCUAAAGAUGAGCAACAAUCGUUUGCUAGUAGUAGCAACAGUAACGAAAUUGAAAAACCACCCUUCGUUAGCAUACCGACGGAUUCGUUUAACACAAACAGCGUAACGAAUGCGGCCAUGGCUGGACCACCGGUGUCUUUCAUUUUGCGCUUCCGCGUGCAGUAUAUGGGCUCUUCGGCGUCGAUUGCAAACGGUACCAAUGGUGAACAACAACUCUAUCUGACAAACGGAACCGUUAGCGAUGGGGAGGAACCGUCCGCCAAGCGACAGAAGCUGCACAGUCAUGGUAGCAAAAUGUACAGCACCGAGCUGACGCUGUGCGAUAAGUACGGCCGGUGUCUGUUGAAGGAAGCCGACUACGAAUUAACGGUACGGGAAAUCAUAUCACAUCAAAAAUCGGUCGCAGUCAAGUAUGGUUCACCGAUGAAAAGUCGCUACUGGACCGCAUUUUCCGAUGCUUGCGAAAUUAUGGACUGCAUGCCUUCGGACGACUGUGACAUAGUACCACCGACCAGUGAAGAUUUUAUCGAUCGCUACGAGGAGCUGAUCAAACCGAUGCUCAAAGUGCGGCUACAGUGGACCAAAGAACCUCCGCACGUUUUCGAUACCGCAAGUUCCGAGAUAAAGACGGAGAACGGGUAUAACGAUAAGGAAAAUCACAAACCACCGUCACCAGCGUCGGCGACAGACUCGUUCAAGAAAGGACUGAACAUCAACAUUAACAAUAAUAGCAUUCUAACGCCGGCAGCGGCCACCGCUGACCAUUUAGACGACGUCGAACAGUCGCUGAGUGAGGGCAAUGCGGCCGAAGAUACAUCAGCGAUCGAUGUUAAACCGGAAAUUGCCCUCGUGCCUAGCAGCGCAGAAGUUGCUGCUCCAAAGAAAGAGAACGAUGAGAAACGGGUGGUUUACCACUUUAUGCACAAUAACUAUUCGCGCCAGCAAACGGAAAACGUGAACGAAUUUGCAUGCCCUUGGUGUUGCCUAAACUGUGGCAUGCUUUACUCGUUGCUGAAGCAUCUGAAGCUGUGCCACGCACGAUUUAACUUUAAUUACGUGCCCAUCCCGGAAGGUGCUCGUAUCGAUGUGACGAUAAACGAGUUGUAUGAUGGUUCGUACAAUGGGUCGCCACACGAUUUGCUCGGUCCUGCGACAGCGUACACGGUGCGUGAUCCGUUACGCCGGACGGUCGUUACCAAUCUGCUCGUCUGUCGGCCACGGCGACCGAAACCGAGCCUGGCGGAGUUUAUCGAUAAUGAUGAAAACGAAUUCGAUAGCCAGAGGCCCUACAUUACCGGUCACAGCAGAAUGUACCAUCACACCAUGACUUGCCUGCCUGUGUAUCCUCGAGAGCUCGACAUUGAUUCGGAAGGCGAGAGUGAUCCACUCUGGUUGCAGCAGAAAACUAUGCAGAUGAUUGACGAGUUCACAGACGUGAACGAAGGGGAAAAGGAGUUGAUGAAGAUGUGGAACCUGCACGUGAUGAAGUACGGCUACGUUGGUGACUGUCAGAUACCGAUCGCAUUAGAAAUGUUCAUCAAUCUACGGGGUCGCGAGCUAAUGGCGCGCAAUCUGUAUCGCAACUUUGUGCUACACAUGUGCUCGAUGUUUGACUUUGGGUUGGUAUCGGCCGACGUCAUGCAGCGUAUCAUUCGAAAGCUACGGAAAAUUCCUGCAAACGAUACGGAACUGCAGCAGACGGUAAAACAAUCGAGAACCGAGCAGAUGAACUACUGGAAUAACGUGACCGUGCACAAACAGCAAACAGUAAAGCCGGAACUCCACAGGAACGGUAAUGGUGAACGCACUGCCGGUACAGGCGCUAGUACGUCUGUCUCCAAUACCUCGUCGUACCAUCAUCAUCAUCAGCACCACAAGUCUGGACACGGUGGUAGUGGAAGCGGUCCAUCCAACACCGGCGAUGGGCAGCAGCGAAAGGUUAAGCCGACCAUAACGCCUGCGAAAAAUACGGAUCCCGGAGCCGAAUUACCUAGAGGCCGCCGAAGUGCUGGUAACACGGCAAAGGGUUCCCCCAUCAACAGCAGCACCGGCGGUUCUGGUUCGCAACCAUCAUCAUCAUCAUCAUCGAGCAAGGCUUCUAGUGCCAAGCCUUUACAUUCCACUGCCGCCACGAUGGUGAAACCAUCAUCAUCUGGGAAAGCAUUAUCAUCUGCAUCGUCGUCAUCUGUCUCGCCCUCGGGCAGGAAAUCAUCCACUAAUAAAUCCUUUGUCUCUCCUUCUACCUUAUUCACCACAAACCUGAACAAACACCAGAACAAUCAUAACCAUCCAACGGCCACAUUUUCCCCAAUAAUGACGCGAAGGAAAUCUCUCUCUUUAGGUUCGCAUCUUCUGCUACGAAAACGGUCUCUGAACUGAUGCUGG